AUGUGGAAGUUUUGGCUUGCUACCCUACUCGGCGUGGGCCAUGCCUCGCAAACCGUGCUCCGACCAGAGCCCUUGGCAUCUAAUUUCACCACCUUUCGGAGUAGGAAUUCACCCCAUUCGAUACGCAUCCGGCAACAAAAUGAGUCUAUUUGUGCCGCGGGCUCCGCGCAGUACACAGGAUGGCUAGAUAUUGGCCCGAAGCACCUGUUCUUCUGGUAUUUCGAAAGUCAGAAUGAUCCUGUCGCCGACCCACUAACAUUGUGGAUGAAUGGUGGGCCCGGGGGCUCCAGUAUGAUGGGCCUGUUCCAAGAAAACGGGCCAUGCCUCAUAAACGAGCACGGCAAUGGGACUGUUCACAAUCCAUGGGGUUGGUCUCGAAGCUCCUCAUUACUUUUCGUGGACCAGCCAGCCGAUGUGGGCUGGUCCUAUAUUGACGAGGGUUACGAGGUCGCGCGCGAUUCUCAGGAGGCUGCCAUUGAUAUGCACCGUUUCCUCCAAAUCUUUGUAUCUGAGAUCUUCCCCCACAAACGCUUCUCGGAUUUGCAUCUCUCCGGUGAAUCUUAUGCUGGCAAAUACAUCCCUUAUCUCGGGGCUGAGAUUCUGACUCAAAACCAGCUAUAUCCAUCAGAGCCCCAGAUUAACCUUAAAUCAUGCCUGGUAGGUAAUGGCUUCAUGUCAUCCAAAGACAUCACAUUCGGGUACUGGGAGACGCUUUGCACGACCAACCCCGGCGUUUCCACGCCCGUGUUCAAUCAGACCCGGUGCGAUAUUAUCGCUGCGAACAUGCCGCGAUGCAUGGAACUCUACGAUACUUGCACCGAAAACCCCGACGUUGCAAUCUGCACCGCUGCAUAUUCAGUUUGCUACAAAGGAAUCGUUGGCUUGUACGAGGAUGAAAGCAAGAAGGGAGGCCGUAACCGCUUCGACAUCACAGCCCCGUGCUACAUUGAUGAGAUAUGCUACAAAGAAGCAGCUUAUAUCGAGCAGUAUUUGAACUCCCCUGCACUCCGGGAAGCCCUCUCGCCACCGGAAGGGGCUAAGGAGUACAGAUUCGAGUCCAGCGCUGUGGUUGACGCUUUUGCAACAACGCCGGAGGCGAUGACUUCUUCAUCCGACCAUAUCAUCUUCCUGCUUGCUCAUGGGGUGAAUUUCUUGGCCUACCAAGGAAACCUUGACCUAGCUUGCAACACAGCAGGAAACCUCCGGUGGGCUAACUCGGUUGCCUGGAAGGGACAGACUGAGUUUACAUCGAAACGGCUGCUUCCUUGGACUUCAAAUAUCGCGGGGCGUAAUAAAACAGUCGGCACUGCGAAAGAGGUGCGUGUGCAGUUAAACGGCCCGGCAGAGGAAUCGCGGUUUGCAUUUGUGACGGUUGAUGGGGCGGGUCAUUUGCUUCCCCAGGAUCGUGGUGAUGUGGCGUUUGACAUUUUGACCCGAUGGAUUGCGGGUGAUGCGUUUGUUUAG